AUGGGCAAGUCGCAGAGCAAACUCUCGCCCGAGCAGCUCGCAGACCUGCAGAAGAACACCUAUUUCGAUAAGAGAGAGCUCCAGCAAUGGUACAAGGGCUUCCUGAAAGACUGCCCGUCCGGCCAACUCGACAAGACUGAGUUUGGCCGAAUCUACAAACAGUUCUUCCCUUUUGGAGACCCGGGGGAGUUUGCGGAUUACGUUUUCAAUGUUUUCGACGAGAACAAGAACGGAACGAUCGACUUCAAGGAGUUUAUUUGUGCGCUCAGUGUGACCAGUAGAGGGCGGUUGGACGAGAAACUUAAAUGGGCGUUCCAACUAUACGAUAUCGACGGGGACGGCUUUAUUACAUACCAUGAGAUGCUGCAGAUUGUACAGUCCAUUUACAAGAUGACAGGGCAAAUGGUGAAGCUCCCAGCUGAUGAAGAUACUCCAGAAAAGGUCAGAUCGCCUCUGCUAUAUAAGAUCUUCAGGAAUAUGGACAGAGAUAAAGAUGCAAAACUAACGUACGACGAGUUUGUGGAAGGAAGUAAGCAGGACCCGACAAUCGUUCAGGCUCUGUCGCUUUAUGACGGUCUGGUAUAG